GAGAGAGACACACAAUCCACAUUUCCAGAGGAGACCGACUCUCAGUCCCCCCUCCAAAAUUUUCGUGUCGAGCUCGGGUAACAAAACAAGCGGAGCAGGACUCGCCUUCGCUCUUCGGGACAGAUCGUCAGAUUCAUUUCCCAGGACUUGCUUCGCUCUUUAUUCUGCCGGACAAAUAUAGCUCACAGGAUAUAUAAGUUAUUUACAGUAGCAUAACCGGAGGUCCUGGAAGAUGGGUUCAGUCCCGGCGAUAUCUGUCCUUAUUUUGGGCAUCGUGGUUCCGACGCUGGCCGGCUACAUUGAGGCGCUGGCGGCCAACGCAGGCACGGGCUUCGCCGUGGCCGAGCCACAGGUGGCGAUGUUCUGCGGAAAACUCAACAUGCACGUCAACAUCCAGACCGGCCGCUGGGAGCCCGACCCGUCCGGAACCAAGAGCUGCGUAGGAACCAAAGAGGGCGUGCUGCAGUACUGCCAGGAGAUGUAUCCAGAGCUCCAAAUCACCAAUGUGGUGGAGGCCAACCAGCCGAUCCGCAUUGAGAACUGGUGCAAGACGGAAAGGAAGGUGUGCAAGGGGCACGCCCACAUCGUGGUGCCGUACAAAUGCUUAGUGGGCGAGUUUGUGAGUGACGUGCUUCUGGUCCCGGAGAAGUGCAAGUUCUUCCACAAGGAGCGCAAGGACAUGUGCGUCAGCCAUCAGCAGUGGCACGGCGUGGCCAAAGAGGCCUGCUCCAAGAGCUCCAUGAUGCUGCACAGCUACGGGAUGCUGCUGCCCUGUGGUAUCGACAAGUUCCACGGCACAGAGUACGUGUGCUGCCCCGCCUCCCUGACCGGAGAGCAGGUAGAGGAUGAGGAGAUUGAUGAGGCAGAUCUGGAUGAGGAUAUGGCCGUAGAGGACAGCGAGACGCCAGCUGACGAGCAGCCCACACAAAAGGAGGAGCCGAUAGACGAGGACGAAGACGAGGAGGCGGAGGAGGAGGAGGAGGAGGAGGACGAGGAGGAGUACCACUACGUCUACGAGGACGAGGAGUCGGAUAAGGAGGAUGAGGACGUUGAGGAUGAGAAGAAGGAGAGCCGCAAAAUCUCAGACAAUCAGGACGAGGACAAGACUUUACAGGAAGUGAAAGCGGUGUGCACCCUGGAGGCCGAGACCGGCCCCUGCCGUGCCUCCAUGCCCCGCUGGCAUUUCGACAUGAGCCAGAGGAAGUGCGUGCGCUUCAUAUACGGGGGCUGCGCCGGCAACCGCAACAAUUUCGACUCAGAGGAGUACUGCAUGGCCGUGUGCAAACGCCUGACCAUGCCCCCGACUCCACAGCCCACCGACGACGUGGACAUCUACUUUGAGACGCCCGCCGAUGACAAGGAGCACAGUCGCUUCCAGAGAGCCAAGGAGCAGCUGGAGAUCAGGCACCGCAACCGCAUGGAGAGGGUAAGAAAAGAGUGGGAAGAGGCUGAUCGCCAGGCGAAGAACCUGCCCAAGGCUGAGAGGCAAACAUUGAUCCAGCAUUUCCAAGCUAUGGUGGAGUCUCUGGAAGAGGAGGCCGCCAGCGAGAAGCAGCAGCUGGUGGAGACCCACCUUGCUCGGGUGGAGGCCAUGCUGAACGACCGGCGCCGCCUGGCCCUGGAGAACUACCUGGCCGCCCUGCAGGCCGACCCCCCCAGGCCCCACCGCAUCCUGCAGGCCCUGAGAAGGUACGUCCGCGCCGAGAACAAGGACCGCCAGCACACCAUCCGCCACUACCAGCACGUUCUGGCCGUGGAUCCCGAGAAGGCUGCACAGAUGAAGUCACAGGUUAUGACACACCUGCGGGUCAUCGAGGAGAGAAUGAACCAGAGUCUAUCUCUGCUCUACAAAGUACCUUAUGUGGCUGAAGAGAUUCAGGAUGAAAUUGAUGAGCUGCUCCAGGAGCAGAAGGCCGACAUGGACCAGUUCCUGUCGUCCAUCUCCGAGUCGCAGCCGGACGUCACCGUGUCCUCGGAGGAGAGCGUGGAGGUCCCGCUGUCGGAGGGCAAACCCUACCGGCCCAUCCAGGUCACGUCCCUGGGGUCCCGCUCGGAGCCAGAGGGCGAUCUAUCAGACUCCCCACGUGCCUUCAAGAAAGGCUCUGCCAUGUCUGGUCUGAAUGGUCUGAUCGGUGCCGAGGAGAGGGUCAUCAACAGCAAGCCCAAGAUCAGCGAAAACGUGGUGAUUGAUGAGUCACUGGAUGUUAAAGAAGUGGUUUACAGUGCAGAGAGAGUCAGCGUUAUGCAUGAUGAUGAGCUGGAGUCCUACCGCCCCCUGGGAGAGGACUUCAGCUUCGGGAGCAGCGCGCUGAUCGGCUUGCUGGUGAUCGCGGUGGCCAUAGCAACCGUGAUUGUGAUCAGCCUGGUGCUUUUGAGGAAGAGGCAAUACGGCACCAUCAGUCACGGCAUCGUGGAGGUCGACCCCAUGCUGACACCGGAGGAGCGACACCUCAGCAAGAUGCAGAACCACGGCUACGAAAACCCCACCUACAAAUACUUAGAGCAGAUGCAGAUCUAACCGGGAGCCCACGCGGGGGGAUCUGACAGACAGAGGACAGCAACCGAGGGGGAACAUACUACUGACCAAUAACACACGAUGCUAUUGUUUAAAUGAUUUGCAUACAUCCAAACUCCAUUUACUGGUUUGUUGAAAACAAUCCUUAAAUAAUGCUACUACUUCUACUACUGCUACUAUUGUACUAUAGAGCUCUUUUUGAUCAUGUUUCUUUUUGAAAAGGUGAUGUAUUGCCAAUUUGCAUAACGGAAGUUGUGAUUCUGCAGAUUUAUCUGUAAUCAUCAAUACAGCUAUCUCAGAUCAAGAUGUAUAACAUUUCUUCAGAUUUAUUUUUUUUUAUUAUUUUAUUUCUUUUUUUGGGGCGGGGGGAAAGUUUAAGGCAAAUCAAACUAAAUUUUAAUGUUACUGAGGAGCCUUUUACCAAAACCGGCGUAGCAGACACUGCACUUUGUGUUUCCCAUCUAUGCGAGUGUCAUUCAUGCAGUUUCCGAUGGUUUUCUCAACAAAAAAAAAAAGAAUUUGGUGUUUUAAUUUGUUUUUUUGUUUGUUUUUUUUUUCUCCUCUCAAUAGAUUGAUGCUUGUAUAUGAAGGUUCUUUGUACCGAUUAAAAUGUUUAGUGAGAAAAAAAUGAUCAUGAAUUAUUUACUUUCUGUUCUUUGUUAUGAUGACAGACAAUAUAUAUAUAUAUAUAUAUAUAUACGAUUUAAACAUAUAUAUAUAUAUUCAUAUAUAUAUAUAUAUAAAUAUAUAAGAGUAGAUGUUUUUAUUCCACCUUUUUUUUUUUUUUUUUUUCCGCGGGGACGAGGUUAUGAGUUGACUGAGGGUUCCUAUAACUUAUGAGUGUUUGCAGUCGCACUAAGAAAGAAGGUGAAGUUGUGCACAGGCCCCCAGCUCAAACACAUCACAAUAAAAACCUACUCCGAACCCUUACUUAAGUGAAUGUGAUAUUAUAGCCCCCUUCCUACCCACCAACACAACAUUUUAUCACUAGAUUAAAUAAUACCUAUUGGCGUGUUACAUAGUUGAAUGUAUUUUUGGAAGCUGUUUUUCCAUACUAUGUAUCUGACAGGUUCCCUUGAGACUGAUUUUAAUGUAGCGUCACAUUUAUUGUGGCGGUGGGCGAUGACAUGCCAUUAACUGUGUAUUUUUUUUACUUUUUUUUUGCACAAACUUAAAAAAAAAGCCACUUUGAAAAUGUAUUCGGGGACGAUGUGCACACGUGUUAUAAUGAAUUGGCAGUUUCUUGGAUAAAAAAAAAAAAAAAAAAAACAGGGCCGGCCCAGAGGCACAAACAAAUUAAUGUGAAUGCUCCAAAUAAAUUCUAGGCGUUUUAUGGGGGAGGAAACUGUAGCAAUGCCCAAUAAUAAAUAUGGACAAAGUUUUUUUCCCUGAAUUUAAAUAUACCACAUUUGGAGAUUGUAACAAAUAAAUUUUGUUUGGUGCUAAAUAAACCACUCUUGUGAUUUGUGGGGGAUUAUAACGGCUUUCGUGACGUGGAUUUAGGGAUUUUGGGUAACCAGAAAAAGCUUGGGCCAGCCCUGGAACAAAGCCACCGGAAGACAAUAUGGAGCUGGAGGGCUGUGCAGGCAGACAGAGACAGAGACACGCAGAAAAAAGAAAAGGCUCGGAGAGACGGUUUCCUGAAAGAAAGAAAGAAAAAAAAAAAAGCUAACUUGUGUAUUUUUACAGAACGACACAAACAAGUAAAUUGAAUCCUAGGAUCUUCUUUUCUCUCUCUCUCUAUCUUAGUAUUGUCUUUGUAUGCCUGUAUAGUUGAUGUUGCAAUCAUGGCUUUUUUCCAGAGGAUUACCUGUGGUGUGCAUUGUUCUUAUAUGAAAUGAUAUGAUAUAUAUAUUUUUAAGUUUGUUUUCUAUUUUUUUUUCCUCUUCCUGUGACAGUAUCUCUGUAUGUGACUGUCUCACUAUGCACCCAAACAGCUUCAAUCUUGUAACUGCCUGCUUGAUUGUGGGAGGGGACUAAUAUAAUAGACAUAUUAGUGAUUUAAAAAUUAAAAAAAAAAAAAAAAAGAUGAUGAUUGACACCAAUGGAAACAGAUUUAUGGUUACAAGGGGGAUACACAUAAAUAAACUCACAACUUACAUACA